GGAAAUAAAGGCUUAUGAGGGAGAAAGUUGACAUGAACGUGGUGUCGGAUAGUUUGUUGAUGAUAUCAAUACAACUUUGACCUGCUGUCUUUUGACUUUGUACAAAUGGAAAUACACUAUUGAUUUGUCCAUGAGUUUUAUCUUGAACGUCGUUAUGGACUGAUUGCUCGAUUCUCUUCCUUUUUACCCCGUAUUGCACCCUCCGCAAUGCCCUCCAGAGUUUACGGACCGACGGAUCCUGACUCCUGGGACCCUUUGACUAACGCUAUUUCUCCUCCCUCAGACGAAUCCGCACAAGAAAGGGAGAUCCGGAUAAAGCAUGAAUUGGAAGCAAAGCAAAAGUCGGAUGCCAUAGAUGAAGACUUGAAUCGUCAGCGGGCUGCAGAGAAGAAGGGACCCAAACCUGUUCGCGUGUUGCUGCUCGGCCAAAGUGAAUCAGGAAAAUCUACUUUCCUGAAGUUCUUCAAGUUAAUGCACGAUCCUAAGGCAUUCUCGGCCGAACGAGCAUCAUGGCGAGCAGUCAUUCAACUUAACGUCGUCAGGUCUAUACAUGUCAUACUCGAUGCAAUGACCCAUCCCUCCCAACCUCGCCACGACCCUCGGAAGCAAAUAACUUCGUCUACUUCUAGUUCCCCUCUCAGCGGAGAAAUCCCGCUCCCUGAAGAUACUUCCGAUGUUGAACCGGAACUUAUUCAAAUUCGAUACCGUCUCUCAUCACUUUUACAAGUCGAAGAUUUCCUCACUCGACAACUUACACCGAAGGACUACAGCGAGGUGGGCACGACGCAGCUAGCGCCGAUGAACCACAUCAAGCACGUAGCAACGGAGUUAGCAAUAAACUCCAGCGUUCCUUGGAAGCAGAGGUUUGAUAGGCUAGUAGGAAAAGGAGACACCGAGCGUAUGAUCAUUGAUUGGGAUGAUCCGAACGAUCCAGGAAAAAUCCUGCACGCGUGCGGGGAAGACAUGAUUCGGCUUUGGCAGCACCCAAAUGUACAACAGAUGCUUGAAAAGCAAAACCUCCGACUGGAGGAAAUGGCUGGUUUCUUCUUGGACUCUUUAUCCGAAAUAACUGCCGAGCGAUACCUACCAUCAGAUGAACAUAUUCUCCGAGCGCGAUUAAAAACACUGGGGGUAUCUGAGCAUCAAGUGAAAGUGAGCGCAGGUAGCGACAUUGGCAGUGACUGGCGAAUUUUCGAUGUCGGAGGGCAUCGGUCUUUAGUGACGGCUUGGGCCCCCUUUUUUGAGAAUAAUCUUGAUGCUAUCAUAUUUCUGGCCCCGAUUUCUGCUUUUGACCAGGUGCUGGCGGAAGCACCCAAGGUCAACCGGUUGGAAGAUUCAGUGUCAUUAUGGGCGAGUAUUGUGGCCAACAAAAUCUUACAGCGCACCGACUUGAUCUUGUUCUUGAACAAAUGCGACCUAAUGGCUGCCAAGUUGGCUUCCGGGAUCAAGUUGAAAGAUUAUGUGGUAUCAUACGGUAACCGACCAAAUGAUUUUGACAGUACGACAAAUUAUUUGAGAAAGAAGUUUGCUGGGAUAUUGAAAGAGAAUUCGCCGCUGCCCAGAACAUUCUACUGUCAUUAUACCUCGGUCACGGAUACACUGUCAACACAGAAAGUUAUUGCAAGCAUCAAGGACAUGCUGAUGCGCGACUCGCUGAGACACUCGACUCUUCUUUUGUGAACGCAAUGACCCGGAAGUGGGACUUGCGCAGGACUUGCGAAGUCAUUUCACCUCCUCGGUGAUGUGUCAACUAUUCAUUCGCCCUCUCUUCUCCAUCCUUCUACUCAUCUAUCUAUCCUUAAUCUGCAUAUCGUAUGAUAUUCACUUUCCGAAGUUGCUGUUAUCUGCUCUAUCUAACCUUCUUGCUUUGACCCUUAAUUGUAUUAAGUUUUUUGUUG